AUGGCUACAGCUUCACGUCCACCUGUGCAGAUCUCGCCAUGGAUUGGUCUCCCGCUCAGUAUAUGGAUGCUUGUCAUCGCUGCGAUGACCUUUACCAACCUCCCUUACGGUGACGGAGUAAAUUGGCCGGUGCUGACAAGCUUCCGCGAUCCUAGGUCGACCCUAAAUAUUCUUAAUCAUCGCUCUAAGACUACACCUGAUUGGCUCUACAAAGGUGCAAAAGGCGCAUCAGCAAUCUUAUGGAGUAUCUUGAUCCCGGCGCAGCACAGUGCAUCGCUUCGACGUCGUUGGCCCAACUUCCACCGCCGCAGUGGGUACAUUGUCAUCCUGCUGUCGAUUGAGCUCGCGAUAGCUGGAUUCUACAUGUCGAGUCAAGGACUGGUCACAACCCACAGCAACUGGUAUCACAUCCAUACCCUCUACAACGCCAAAAUUCCGCUUCCCCUUUUCUGGUGGCCCACAUUUGACGUUGCCAUUGCUAUUCUCGGCGUCUUCUACUUUCUCAGCCUCUACAAGCUCUACAUCUCCAUUCGGAGCAAAAGGGUCGAGGCGCAUCGACGUUGGGCCGUCUUUCACAGCAUGACGGGAUAUGCCAUCUCAAUUGAGCGACUUAUCGCAAGCCUGGUGCUGGGACUUGGGUGGACUCUACACAGCCUGCCUGAGCAUGUGCAGAGUGACUGGCUACGACUGCCGCGUGACAUCAGCGGGAAGCUCGAGGUAGAAGUGUCUGCUCUUGCUUGGACAUUGACUGCUGCCGGCAGCGCUGUGGCUCUUUGGACCUAUACAGAGUGGACAAGAGCUGGCUUGUUGAGACGGCAGCGCGAUUCAGCUUAUAGCUCGGCUAAAAAGAUUGACUAG